UUACAAAUCUUUAAUCAGAAAGAUGUUGCUCUUUAAGUUAUUUGUAAGUUUUUACGGUUUAGCCAAGGAGGCGUUUAAUUUUAAAUCAAUACAACAUCACAUCGCUAGAAGUGAUUUGUUAAAAAUUCUAGUAAGGUAUCUAACAGUACUUUUAACGUUACUUUUGCUCUCCACUUACAUCCUAGUGGUGCCGUUUAUUUUAAUAAGGUGUAUUUUACACGUUAUCUUAUUAAUUAAACAUGGAAAAAAUUUUGGAGGAUUUUUAAAAGGUUUUAGUGCUUUAUUUGAAGCUCAGCGUGAAAAAUCAACGAUCGUUACCGUUUUUACCAUUGAAAACACAAAUAAAGAUGAGUUCGUUGAAAAAUUAAAGCUUAUUACCGAGAAUCUGCAUAAAUGCAAUUAUAUGUUUUCGAGUGUUAUUAAAAGCUUUUUCGGUUAUAAGUAUUUUUUAAAAAAUCAAAUUGAACCAGAACAAAUUUUAACUAACGUAACGUUAAAUUCGAAAAACGCCAUAACACGAAACGAUUUAUUAGAGUAUUUAGAAGGAUACAAAAUUAUAAAGGAUGGAAAAUUAUGGGAAAUUGUUGUAUUUGAUCAACCUUUAAUGGUCGCCGAAAAUAAACCGAACGAAUUAGUUGUUAUGAUUAGAGUGAAUCAUUCAGUAACGGAUGCUUAUUUUAUGAUUGCUUUGUACAGAAAGUAUUUGUUGGAUCCGGUUAAAACGGAACAAAAAGAAAUCAAUUUGAGACAACCGAAACGAGCUUUUAGCUUGGAUGAUUUAUUUUUAAACACAAACCCUUUAAAUCCCGGAAUAGAACAAUUUUUAUUCCACGGAAGCGAAAAUCAAUUCAUUUCGACAUUUUUGGAACACGAAGCUAAAUACGUGAGGAAAAUCAAAAAAAUUAAGGAUUGUUUGGAUGUUGGGUUUACUGAUGUCUUAUUAGCAGCGUUGGUUAAAAGCGUUUCAGAUUUUUUGGAGAAGAAAUUAGGGAAAUGUGGCAAAGACGUUGUAAUUCAUUUAACAACCCGAGGAAGAUCUGAUGAUAUGGUAAACAUUGUAAAUGGUACUUUUGAUACAAACGAACUUAGCAACGAGUUUGCUCUUCUUCAAUUCGUUGCACCAACCGCAACGAAACGUACUUCUGCGAUUGAUUAUUUGAGGAGCGUGAAUAAAUCAUGUAUUAACGCAAAGUCAUCCAUUGAUAUCCUGCUUUUUUAUUUGAUACCAAAAGUAACUUGCCAAUUUUUUCCAACAUUUAUCAACAAAUUUGGUUGCGAUUUAAUGUUAAGAAACGUUUGUAUAAUGAACACGAAUAUGUCUGCAGUUGAUGGAGGAACAAUUGGAAACAAGAAAAUAACAAGCGUCUUUGCUUACACUUCUUUACACUUCAAUCAAGGAAUGAUGUUAAACACUGUCACGUUUAGAAAUAAUAUUCAAGCUUGUUUGGUUGGACGUGUAGAAUUUUUAAAAAAUCGUGACGAUAUCGACACAAUAUUAAAAAAUAUGUUCGUAUUUAUAGAUGAAUUAGAAAAUGAAUUGUUUGAGCGUAAUAAAAGAAAUGGGAUGAAGUAA